AUGUGGUCUGAUGAUGAAUCUUCACCUAGAAAAACUAACGUUGCUAGUUUUGUGGGUCACCAAAACAACCUAGUCGAAAAAACGGCUGAGAAUAAGAAAAAUUUUUUAUCUUUGUGUUGCCUUGCUGAUCCUGUUUGGGAAUUAUUGGACCCACUACCAGAUAUCAGAUUGUUGUUUUCUUCAUUCGACAGUCAGUUCUUCGGAAGUUCUCUCGGAUGUGUAGAAGUCAAAUGGAGCUCCCGGAUGACUCUUUGUGCAGGAGUUUGCAAAUUUCACAAACCUUAUGGAAUGUGUUCCAUCAGCCUAAGUGAACCCCUACUAAAAUUUAGACCGCGAAAAGAUCUCGUGGAGACUCUGUUGCAUGAAAUGAUUCAUGCAUUUUUGUUCAUAACAAGGAAGGACAAAGAUCGUGAUGACCAUGGGCCAAAUUUCCUAUCGCACAUGCAUCGCAUCAACUCGUUGGCUGGAGUAAAUAUUACUGUUUACCAUUCAUUUCAUGAUGAAGUUGAUACAUAUCGCACUCACUGGUGGCGUUGUACCGGUCCAUGUCGCAACCGUCCACCAUACUUCGGCUAUGUUAAACGUUCUAUGAAUAGAGUACCUGGCCCUAGGGAUACUUGGUGGGGUCAGCAUCAAGCUACGUGUAUAGGUAAAUUUGUAAAAAUCAAGGAACCAGUGAAGAAAACCAAUCUACAUCAAAAAAACAAAUUAGGAGUGGUGAUAUUCGAAACUUUGUCACCAUUAAUGAUGAAAAAGAAAAUACUUUUACAAAAUUUCUAG